CCCAGCCCGACCGAGACCGACCACCCCCGCCUCUCUCCCUCGCGUCUCUCGCGCCGCCCAACUUGGCCUCCCUCGGCGGCGCUCCGCUUGCGCUCGCGCAAUCGCAUCUCUUGCACGAGCCGAAGGCUAGAGGAGUCGUACACCACCGGCACUGAGGGACCGAGCCGGUGAGCCAUGGACUACAAUCCCGGCGGCGGCUCCCCCGAUCACAAUGGCGGCGGCGGCGGCGGCAUCCACCUGGUCUGCGAGUACUGCGGCGCCGGCUGCAGCUAUGAGCCCGACGACGCCGAGGACGGCUUCUUCUCCUGCCGCCAGUGCUCCGCCAUCCACACCUCUACCCAGGCCACCGCCGCCGACCCCAACGACUUCCCCGCCACCGGCAACAUCUCCGUCCGCCGCGUCGCCACCCAGCCUACCCCCACCCCUAAACUCCGCACCCCCGCGCCCUACCCGAUUCCUCACGCCGUCGCCACCCCCGCCCCCGCCGCUGCACCCGCCUUCGACGACUUCUCCGAGCCAAGCGAACCCCGGGACUUCGCGCCCGCCGGAGCGUGGAGCGAGCCCGAGGACCUGGCGGCGCGGGUCCGGUGGCGCUAUGUGCGGGGGAUGCAGGUGAUCCUGCAGAGGCAGCUGGAGGUGCUGGUGGAGCGGCACCGGGUGGGCGCGCUCGUGUGCGGCGUCGCUGGCACCGUCUGGGUGCGGUGGGUGGCCGCCUCCAAGGUGUUCGACGGAAUGUGGGCACGCCAGGUGCUCGCGGACCACGAGACCGCAGAGAGAUAUAUGCGUUUUGGUGGUGGAGAUGACAAGAAAUCUGACGAUGUGAAGUAUGAAUGGGAGGAUGAUAUCUUGCCCCGACGAAAAGACAGGCACAGGGUUGAGUUUGCCUUUCUGCGCUCAUUGAGGAUGAUGCUGCCCGUUUACUCAACACUUGCAGUUUGUUUCUUGGCCUGUCAUAUUGCCCGUGAAGCCAUCCUACCGAGUGACAUUUACAGGUGGGCAAUGGAGGGGAAGAUCCCUUAUGUGGCGGCAUUUACCGAAGUAGACAGGAUCCUUGGGAGCUCUCUGCAAGUGCAAGACUGCCCUUUGGAUGCGAGGCAGCUGUUCAGGCCAGUGCGAGUUAUUGGAGCAUGGCAACUGGAAGUGGCAGCUGGAUCCAUAGCACAAAGAGUAGGCUUGAGGCUUCCUUCAGUUAACUUCUAUGCAAUUGCUCAACGCUGCUUGAUGGAUACGUCAUUACCGAUAGAUAGAAUCCUUCCCCAUGCAUGCCAAAUCUAUGAGUGGGCAAUGCCUGCAGAGCUAUGGUUGUCCAGUAAUCCUGCUAGAAUCCCUACACGGGUUUGUGUAAUGGCUAUACUAAUAGUGGCUCUACGAAUUCUGUAUAAAAUCAAUGGUCAAGGGAUAUGGGAGAAGAUCUGUGAGGGAGGAAGAAACGCUGAUGGAUAUGAUCCUGACACAAAGUCAGCACCUUUCAUGAAGCCUGAUGGCAGUAACAGUGAAGAGUUUGGCAUGAGAGAAUUGUUGUGCGCUGUUGCAGCUUCCUAUGAUAAAAUCAAUGUUGAGCAUGACUACUCGAGUGACCUCCAUUCUUAUCUCAAAUACUGCAAGGAAGUUAUUUUUACUGGGAUUACAUUUUCAUCUGAAGAGGAGCAUCUAACAGAGAUCUUUUGGGAUAUGUACAAAGGCAGAGAGGAUGAGAAUCCAAAAGAGCAAGUUAAAUCCCAGUCUCAAGGUAUUGAAGAAAUGACAAUUACAAAUGGAGUGAACAAGCGAUACCGAGAUGGAACUUUUGUUGAAGCAAGUUGUGUUUCUGCAUCUUCAGGGCGUGAUGCAAUACAAAUGAUUAAGUCAGAGAUGCAAGAUCAUGGAUUUCAUUAUAUGCCACCAAGGAAACCAAGGAAAUCAGAUGGCUAUCUUCGUUAUAGGAGGAGGAGACUAACUGGUGGUUUUGUUUAUGUUGCACAUGCUGAUUAUUACAUGUUGCUACGUUCUUUUGCAAAGCUUGCGGAAGUUGAUGUUCGUAUCAUGCAUAUCAGUGUGUUAAAACUUGAGAGGAGACUCGCAUGUAUAGAGGAACGAAUUGAAAGAAGCUUGAACACCUUACAGAACCUCUCUAGUAAAACAAAAGAUGAGCUAAGACCUGUAUCGGACUGAAGUUUCUAAUGGAGUCUUAUACUCUUCCAACAUGGAAUGCCAUGUGAUUCUUGGCCAGUUAGAGUUUUGCUAUCUGAAUGGUAAACAAAGUAUCAUUGAGUGCCUCCUCCAUUCCAUUUCUGGUGGAACAUGCGGUUGCAUUGUUUAAGUGUGGUUUCAAAGGAUGAUUAGCUGCAUACCUCAGACAACAAGAGCUUGUUGUUGUGGCCUGUGGGCAUUGGUAAGCAAACUGAGAACAACCAAGAAUUAUGCCCUUCUUCUUUAGAAUGAACAGAAUUAUGUCGAAGUAUUGAACAUGUAGUUGAACAUCUUACCUGCGGCGGUUUCGGCGAGGUUCACUGGUUCAUGGUGGUGGCAAUACUUGGGGAUCAGCAAUGGUGAGGAGAGUAGUGGUUUGGGAGCUGGAAUAGCAAGAGAAAAAAGGCUGGACUCUGGACCAAAGUCGCCGAAUAGGUUGGGUGGAACCAAUUGAAAGGAAAAUGGUUGAAGCCAACAAGAGCAGCUUGGCAGGUACAGAACAAAAAAAAGAAGAAGUUUUUCCAACUGGGCUGUGGUGGAGUGUGGAGCAGCCCAAGGAAACCAUACCAUUAUCUCAUCUGAUCAUCUACCUGUUUGCCGCUGCCAGAAGUGUUUGUGGCGGCCAGUUGAAUUGCUUGAGCAGAUGGAGGUGAGAGUUGAGCAAGGUGGUUUGGUCCAGGAGAUCUGGAGAUGGAGCAGCAGGCGACCCCCCUAGUACAUAUAUUUGUUUGACCUUGGGCUGUCGAGCCGUGGUAGCUGCUUGCUGGCAGCAUCUGUGCCAUUCCACCUAGGCAUUGGGCAGAGAUAUGCUUCCAGGUCCCCUUCUCCCACCUCCGUCUUCGCUGGUGCUUAUAGGAUCAGCCUCAGCCUCAGCAUCUGUUCCGAGCCUAUCGCCAUCAGACCCGCCGUCUUUGUCCAUCGGCUCAAGCCUCGCCAUUAUUGUCAUCAUCAUCAUUGCUACAGUCAUCGUGACAUCUUGCAUCGUGGUCCUUCGCCGAGGUUACCGCCGUCGCCACCUGUCCUGCUCAUCAUUCUAUUCUCGCCGCAGCUUCUCCCCAAUGGCUUCGGUCUCGUCGUCAGCAGAAUCUGGGAUGCAGUGUCAGCAGAAUCUGGGAUGCAGUCUGCUGCAUCAGCAGCUGUUGGUGCUUCGCCUAGGGACAGGGCUGCCAUGUCCUUGCUCGAAAUGGUCGUGGCGUCUUCGGCUCCAGAGGAUGCUGGUAGAGCCCCUGCUGCACAUUCUGCAGAAGGGCCAGUGAAGGGGACAGAGUUGGUAGCAUCCUCGUCUGCCUGGGCUGUGAUGAUGAUGGAGAUGCUGGAGCCAUCAGUCCCGCCUCUACCAGAGGUGGAGUGGGUGAUCUUGGAGUUGCUCUGGCUACCUGCAGGGCCGAUGAAGCCUGGGAGGAGCACAGUCUGCAUCAUCUGCGACAUAGAGUUUCUACCUACUGAUGUGCUCCUCGCCCUCCCGGUGUGCUCGCAUGUGUUCCAUCAAUCAUGUACUGUCACCUGGCUUCGCUGCACCACACCCUCAUGCUGUCCAUCCUGCCAUACGCCUAUCACUACCCCCAGCCCUGACAAGACCAAAUUCUGCUCAUAUGAGUAUGACAUUGAGGCUCUGAUGCUAGUGCCGGUCCCGCCUGGUGAGGAGGUGUCAGAGGCUGUGGGAGGAUCUCGUGGGUGGUUUCGCUCUUCCUUGGACAGACUUUCUGGCAGCUGGAGGGGAUGCUCCAGCAACGGUGCCACUGCAGUGGCAGUGCCGGUGUCCUCACGGUGCACCACUGGAAGCUAGAGCCUGGGCUCGAGCGGCCGCCUUGGCAAUGACUCGGUGCCAGUUCUGCCUGGCAAGGAGGUGUCAGAGGCUGUCGGUCGCAGGUGGCUGAGAUCUUCUUUGGCCACGCUCUCUAGCAGCAGGAGUGGGUGCUCCAGCAGCUGUUCCACUGCAUCGGCGUUGCCAGUAUCCUCAAGGCGCAUCAGCAUUGAGACCCUGCGGUCAAGUGGCCACAGCAGCAUUGACUCGUGGUCCAGGAGGUGGGAUCUUGAGGCGGCUACGCCAACACCCGAGAGGCCAUUGGUGUAUGACUAUGUCAGAUGGUUCUUCAGAAGCUCAGGUAAUACUAGCAUAUCAGCAGUGAUGUCAACAAAUAUUGUGCUGAACUCCAAUCAUCAUUUGCAACCUGCGCCUGCACCUCUGCAGUUAUUUGGGGAGUAUUGCCAGCGUCAUGUCUUGUCUCUUCUGAGUUUCUGAUUAAAAUUCUUGUUUCCUUUGCAAGCUAAGCUAUCGUCCAACACUCUCUAGGAAGAUAAAAGGAAUAUAAAGUGCACAUAUGAGAUACAAAACACAUAACAGGAGUAGCAUGAAAUCUUUGCAUUGGAGAUACAGAUAGAUGCAACAGUUUUCUGUUUACUGUUGUUCAAUUUUGUUUUUCAGAUCACGAGCUGUCCUUGGUCAUGCUUCAAUCCAAGUGAAACUGUGUGCAAGAUAGCACGGAAAAUGAAGGAUAGAGGAUUCCUGCUUUUCUUAGGAUGUUCAGUUCAAGGAAAGUUUGUCCACUGUUGGCGCUAUAUAGCAUACUGAGUGAUGGUUAUGGAAAUGCUUGGGUUUUGUAUUUGUUCAACUGUGACAACAUAGAUGGUUUUCCUUUCCGACAAGACAGCGGAUCCAAGCACAAGCAGUGUUCAUCAAUCGCCAGCCCCCGCUAUUACUGACGACGCUGACAACGCCGGGACGUGGAGAAUGACUUGAAGGCCUGCAGCUUCGGAUCUCUGCUUUGUGAAGUCGCUGGCUGGUGAUGCCGUACGUUACGUGGGAUGCGUAAUCCAUUGGUUCUGUGAUGAACGGAUGGAAUGGAAUCGCCUGGGGUUGAUGAAUGCAAGGCGACAUUUGAGCAUCAGAAAGAAGAACUCAAACCUGACAUGCAUGGCCGGCUUUUGCAUUCUCAGCCUGGGGAGCCUCACUACCCCAAGGACUGAUCGGGCCUGCAGAGACUCAGGCAUCAGUCCAGAAUAAAACCAUGGGACUGACAUGCAUGGUGCCAGCCUGCAGUGGCAUGUCCAGACUACAGAUAGGACGGGCAUCUGAACUUGGAGACAAUCUACUUACAUGAGCCUCGCGGCACCUCUUAUCCUAGUCUUUGGAGCAGUGAUCUAAAAGGAGGAAAAUGGUUCCUGAUUGAGAAAACCAGUCUCCAGCACUGUGUAACCACUGAGAAAUCGAUGAACAUCGUAGAAACCAGAGCAUUAGGGACGUGACGUAGCUGGCUCUGCAAAAUCAGUCACCUAGGGAGUCAUCGUUUUUUUCCCCUUCUUCAGAAUUAUGUGAAAUUUUCCGUGAAAACUAGGGGAGGAGCUCUGCCAUUCAUUCAUUAAAGAAGGGAGAUUGUUCAACAAGGAGCCACCCAAUCAGCUACAACACGGGUCAGGAGCUGAACCAACCACGAUGCAUCAAGCAAAAAAUUACAUCCGCACUCCGAAGACAACAGAGAUCAAGGUCUAGAAAAUGAUUAGCCACUACAACAGCUAAAGAACAAGCAGACACGCCUCGUUCCAGACUGCAGCUUGCACCCAGACUUCUUUUGCAAAGACAAUUUAGGCAUAUAUGAGUUGUCCCUGAUUCUUGGUCACGAAAGAACACAGGAGUUAUCGUGUGGCCAGCUCUUCUUGGCAAGAUUAUCCGCUGUGUUCAAUUUGUUUUGCAUCAAUAGCCUUGCAAAAUAAACUUACAUCUAUUCUCCACUCCUUACAGAUUAAAUGUGCCUUCAGAUUAUGUGAAUGUUAGUUGUAACUGCUGAUGACAUAGUCAAGAAUAAAAACAAAUGAAGGCAAAGGAUUGAUGAAGCAUCAUUCACAGCAGUUUUCAGCUCUCCGCAAGUCUUAACCAGACUUGGACAAAUACUGUCACGAAAGAAGAUAAAGCAGCAGAACAGCAGACUUGAGCUCUUGGCGAUGAACCAUGUCCCUUCUGCAUUGUCAUAAAAAGAAAUUCUAGGCAACCAUGCUAUUACAUUAAAUUCCUAUGAUACAAGUAGGUCUCAUCAUCUGAACGUUACAAUCUUCUCACUGCAUAAGGAAGACCAGGAGACCAGAGCCGAAUGAUUGAGGAAGCUUAAGAGAUUUCGUUCUUGUCUCCUUUCAUUGUUCCAGACGAGGACGGCUCACCACUAAAAUCCGGUGUGGCAGCAUCCUGUCGUGGCUCCUUUAGAGAAGUGGGCAUUCCUGAAACUUCCUGAAGAAAAGAGAGAAUAAACUAUCUGAGUCAGAACCAUACAAGCCUUCUCGACCAUAGCAAGCACCAUGAACAAUACUGCAUCGAAGAAAAAGAAUAGCAGUUGGGAAGCACAAUGUCACUAACUGUUGAGUGUCUGAUUGUGCCCUAUACAGCCAUUGUACUCACUGAAACCCGCAUCAUUUGGAAUACCCAAACUAUUCGCAAUUUAAGAACUGAACCAUACAGUCACUGAUGUGGUGAUCCAUAAAGGCAUGCACCCGACAUUAUGCCCUAGAAAGUUUGAGUAACUUCUGUAUCACCUAGGCUUGAACACCAAGACACACAAAUUUAACAAGAGUACCCCCACCACUUUUAUUUUAUAGUCCUCCCACUUAGGGCCCAUUUGGAAGGGGUGUUUUGGGAUCCAAACUAAAUCCCUAGGAUUUAGUACAAACUUGAACUAAAUCCUAAAAAUUCCUAGGUAUUGUUUGGUUCUCGGAAUUGAACCAGGAAAUGAGGAAUUGGAAUUGGGUUUUGUCAAUUCAGCUGUUUGG